UCAGAUGACUGCGUAGUUGCAGUUACGAUUGAGAUGGGCCAUCGUGCUAACUUCCGGACAGAACCUUCUCCAGAAGGUUUUUCACAUGACUGGACAGUGUUUGUUCGAGGAUUUGAAGGAAGUCGCUUGGAAUAUUUUGUGGAGAAAGUUAUCUUCAAACUACACAAGACUUUUAGAUCCCCAACCAGAGUCAUAACUGAUCCACCCUUUCGAGUAACAGAAUCUGGAUAUGCAGGAUUUACCAUGCCGAUUGAGAUAUACUUUAAGAACAAGCAGACGCCAAGGAAAAUCGUAUUUUCAUACGAUCUGUUUCUGAACAUUAUUGACUGUCCUCCCAUAAAUCAUGUUCGCUAUGAGAAGUUGAAAUUUAAAAAUCCAACACCAGAUUUUAAGGCAAUGCUUAUCAAAGCUGGCGGGAAAAAGAACAAAUCAAAACGACAGCUCAAGUCUGCAUCACCAGCUACAUCUUUGUCAUCACUGUCACCAAUGUCCUCUGAUAAUGAUGAUACUCGACCUCCUCCUCCACCAGUUAAACAAGAGAAGGAGAGCUCUUCUGGAAAGAAGGAGAGUUCAUUAUCAUCAAAGCCAAAACAUGAUUCUUCUUCAUCACACAAGGACAGGUCAAAGCAUAGAAGCAGCUCCUCACAUUCUUCCCACAGAGAGAGGCCAGACAAAGAAACUUCACAUAAAUCUCACAAGCACAAAGACAAGACGAAAGAAAGGGAUAGAAGCAGCUCACAUAAAGACAAAGAUGCUGUAAAGAAAGAUAAGGAUGUAGGUUCUCAAAAGAUUGUUAAAGAAAAUUUGGAAUCCAGAAAGGAAAGAGAAGGCUCUCAUUCUUCUGGGAAAAGCUCCACGUCGUCUUCUCAAGUUGACAACAAGGUUGCAGCACAGGUAUCUCAUAAAGAAAGGGAGAAAAAUGUGCCAAGCAAGGACAAAGACACAACAAGAUCCUCAAAGGAAAAACGUCAAAGUUCCAGCAAAGAGAAAGAGAAAUUGCCUAAGGAAAAGCAUUCCUCCUAUAAAGAUGUUUCUCAAGCUUCACAUUCAGAACCUAAAAAGGUGAAAGAAGACAUGGGUAAAGAAAAUGAUGUGCAUCAAAAGAGCAGUAAGAGACAUGUGGAAUCUACAAAUAAAGUCGAAAAAGAGAAACUUAAGAGAAGUUCUGCUGGAAGCACAAAUGAGAAAUCUAAAGAGGCAAAGAGCAGUUCUGGAAAAGAGAAUCAUGUUUCAAGAGAUAGUACAGAGAAGGAAUCAUCAAAAGAAGGUGAAGAAUCAAAUUUGGCAGCUUCUCAUAAAAGCAAGCAUAAGAGGAAUCGUCAUUCAAAAAAGAAAGGGCAGAGCCACUCUCCAGAGAUUAAACAUGAGAAAUCCACAGAAAAACUUUCAGAAAGUCCUCAACUACAUGAGAAUCUCUCUCAUUCAGAGAGACUGGCAGUGACUGCAAUCUCUCACUCUCCAUUCAGAAAUAAAUCAGGUGAAGAAGAAAGCACAACUCAACAGGAAGAUCUUAAAUCAGUCUUGAACAAACAGUCUGAACAGCCCACCCAAGUUCAAGAUACUACUUUGAAAAUGGUAGCCAGGAGCAUGUCUGCAGAGGAAAUACCAAAACAGAAAGUAGAAUCUGAACCCACUAAACAUGAUGCCAAAAAAUACAGCAAAGCAAAGAAGAAAGCCAAGUCAAAAAAUGUGGAGCAGAAGACGGAAUGUUUGGAUGCAGCCAACACUGACAACGUUCAGCAUUGUUAUGGACUGGAUAUGUUGGCAGCAAAUGGUAUAUCUAUUGGAGAGCUCAUUGUUGUCACUGAACAAAUUGCAAAAGCUCAUACACAUUCAGACCGUGAACUCCUAGAGAAGGUUACAAGAAUAAUUGGGGAAACAGAUGAUUUUGAUAUCAGUGACGUGUUUCUGUCAUUUGACAUUUGCAGUGUGGAUAAAACUGUUGUCCGGCAGAUUCAAGCUUUGUUUAGAGAAUGCUAA